UUUAAUUAAUAAGAAAUAAUUUUAAAUUCCUUGAUUUUAAGACCGGCAUAUCAAUUUACCUUAAAAAAAAAUUAAGAUAACUCAAAACACAUUAUCUAAAUGUGAUAAUAUUAUUUAAAAAACAAAAUCUCCAAAAUUAAGGGCCGAAAAUUGAAACAAUCACAUUUAUUAUUAAUUGUUAGAAUAAUAAAUAUUAUAUAAUGCCUUUACCUCCAGCAUUAGCUAAAAGAUUAGCAAACCGAGGAAUACUCUCAGAAAAUGAUGUUAAAAAUAAUAUCAAAGAAGUAGAAGAAGAAGUAAUUGCAGAAUGCUAUGAUGAUGUAGAUGACAACCAAAAUUCUGGUACAGAUUCUGAAGAUAGUGAUGAAGAAAAUGAUAAACCUGAUCCAAAAAUAUUGGAUAAAUUUAAAGGUCAUCAUGGUUGUCCUAAUAAGUCAAAUGUAUAUCAUGAAUGUACAAAAUAUUGUGAACAACGAUGGAAAAAUGGUAAAAAAAGACCUAAAAAUAGCUACCUUAAAGCCAGAAAUUCAUUGUUAGAAAAAUAUCCAUUACCUAAUAAUUGGCAUGAAGUAUAUGAUCCAGGAACUGGCCGUUUUUAUUAUUGGGAUGUUGAAAAUGAUUCAGUCAGUUGGCUCCCUCCAAAUCAUCCUCGUUCAAUAGUUACAGAUUCAGUAGCACAAUUUCGUUUUGAGCGACAUGCUAUUACACAAAAUAUGAAAGAAAAAUUAUCAAAUUCUGAGAGUGAUAAUAGUGAUGAUGAUAGACAAAAAAGAAAAAGGAUACUGCCUCCACCUCCAGUCCAAGAAAUUCGGGCCAAAGAGAUAAGAUAUGAUAGAGAACCUAAACGUAGAGAACCAAGAAAAGUAAUAAAGUCAAAUGAUCUCGACCCUAUGGAUCCCGCAGCUUAUUCUGAUAUUGCUAGGGGUUCUUGGAAUGAUGGAUUAGCUGUUGAAACAAAAACAGGUGUAGAUACUACAGCCUCGGGGCCUUUAUUUCAAAUGCGUCCUUAUCCAAGUCCAGGAGCUGUUUUGCGUGCCACAUCUAACCAAAGCAAACGUAAAUAGAAAAUUUUGGCCAUGAAAUUAUAACCAGAAUGUAAUACUAUUAAGCUAUUGUAUUAUAAUCUCAUUGCUUUUGUAAUUUUGAUUUAAUGACAUUCAAUUUAUAAAUAUAAUUUUUCUUAAAACUACAAGUUAACAAA